AUGCCAAGACAUUCAAUGCUCAUUUUAGUAACGAUGAUAACUAUAAGUAAUCAGGCUAGUUACAACCAAUACUAAGAAAUCAUAGAUAAAGAUAAUAUCAAAUUUCAUCUAGAAUCUCAAGGUAUUAGAGGCUUUGAUAAAGAAGACUAAACAUAAGAAACAUAUGAAUAUUAAAUGCUAUAAGAUAAUUUGAUCAUCGCAAGAAAAGCUCAAGAACACGUAAAAAACGUAAUCAACAUGAGAGCUAAUUAGAGGAUGAUACAAAGUUUGGAUAUGGGUAAUUUAGGGAAUAUGGGCGACUAUGAUCUCAGCAGCUUUGGAGAUCUAACUCAAUACAAUAUCAGUACUAGUGAUCUUAUGAAUAUUAAAAGUCCUUCUGAUGUGGAAAAAAUUGUCAAAAGGAUUAAAGAUCAAAUAAAGAAGUAGGAGCAAAAUGAUUUCUACUCUAUGUAUAAGAGCUCAUUUUUUACCAUAAACAAAUGUAUCGGGUAUGUGGGCUAGCAAUUAUCAAUGCUUGACACUAUGUAAUUGUCUUCUGGAGAUGUAAAAAUGAGUGCAAUACCAAAAAGCCUUAUUGAACAACUUAAAGGCUUCUUUAAGACUUUCAAGAUAGCUUAUAAAACAAAAUAUGGAGAAGAUAUUUUAACAUAAACAAAUCUAGAUAAUGAUUCACAAGUAGUAACACUAUUCCUAUAAGGAGGUAUGAACAGUUUGAGUGAUUUGGAAGAAGCUGAUUCUAAAAACGCAUCAAAAGAUGAUAAAAUGUUGAUUAUUAUAGUAGCAAUAGUUGUAGCAGUAUUUCUUAUAAGUAUCAUAAUCACUCUAAUCUGUGUGUUUACUUGCUGUACCAAGAUCAAGUAAGUAGAUGGGAAAAACAAAAGAGUUUGCAGAAAAGCUACUAAAAAAUGUACUUGCAUGAAAAAAUGUUGCAAAGGUUAGAGCCAUACAAAGAAAACAUAAAAACAUUCAAUGGACUAGAAUAAGACUGUGGGUAGUGAAUUCACUUUAAAUGACGAUUUUAAGUCUAUAAAUGGCCCUGCCAACAACUAUAACUAAGUUCAAAAUGCAAGUUAAGUCUUCUAUGGAACUCAUGGACGUAAUUAAAGCUAUGAAUCAAGCAACCCAAGCAUGGGUAUUCCAGUUACGGAAACUUCCUUCGAUAAUGAUUAUAUGGCAAAUAGUCAAAAUUCAUAACCUUUUCAACAGAGACAGCACUAUGGAGUCAAAUAAUUAGGGUCGUAAAACUAAGAUCUUCAAAAGACAUCUAUUCCUCUUCCUAAAAAGCAUAUUGAUCCAAAUAAUAGUUGGUAAUGA